GUGGAGAGUUGGAGAUUAAACGCCAUUUACUUUGAACUGGUCCUUGCAAUAAUCUUUCCUUGAUUCUGUGUCUUUUUUUCUACUAGAAUCCUCACCGGUACAUCAAAAUGCCCCGUUCUAAGCGCGCGAGGAUCGUUCACGAAUCCAAGACCGCCAAAAAGUCCCACAAAGAGCAGACCAGACGGCUGUAUGCGAAUAUUCGAGAAUGUGUUGAGGAGUACGACCAUCUUUUCGUCUUUGCGGUGGACAACAUGCGGAACACCUAUUUGAAGGAUGUACGGGCUGAGUUUGCGGACAGUCGACUCUUCUUUGGCAAGACCAAGGUCAUGGCUGUCGCCCUGGGCCAAACGCCCGAAAACGAAGCCGCAGCGAACCUGCACAAGGUGACACCCUACCUCACUGGCGCUGUCGGGUUGCUGUUCACCUCGCGGGACCCGGCGUCUGUGAUCGGGUACUUUGAUUCCUUCCGCCCGAUGGAUUUUGCUCGCGCGGGCACCGUCAGCACCCGCCCCUUCACGAUCCCCAAUGGCUUGGUGUACGCUCGUGCCGGCGAGGUCCCGGCCUCUGAAGACGAGCCGAUCAGUCACACUAUGGAGCCUGCUCUGCGCAAACUUGGCGUCCCCACCCGCCUGGUGAAGGGCAAGGUGAUGCUGGAACUGACCGAUGGCCAGGAGGGAUACCCCGUUUGCAGGGAAGGCGAGACCCUCGAUUCCCGCCAGACUACCCUCCUGAAGAUGUUCGGUGUGGCCACGUCCGAGUUCCGUAUCGACCUGAAGGCGUCCUGGACCCGCAGCGAUGGUCAGGUCAAAAUUCUGGACAAGGACGCUGGGAUGGAUGUGGACGCGGAGUGAUCGCGGCCUCAACAAGAUACCUUAAAAAUUGGUUCCCUUUCUUUUUUUUUCUUCUUCUCUAUACUGGGACAUAUCUCGGAGUUUGGCUAGGCGCUUUUCUUUUCCCUUUCCCCACCUUUAUAGUCCUAGAUUCUACGUGACGCAUGAUGAUGGACAUACACCAAAAUUGCAUUACAUAUAAGCUUACGACAAGAUCAUUUCCUUGGGAGAAAAUAGUGCUCCAUAUCCUGAGCAAGAAUGGAAAACAAGGCUAUGCUAAGUACAGAAAGAAAAUAAUUGGCCUCGCCGUGCCUGGAAACUUUACAGGUGCAAUAAAAGGAAGGUGUUGGAUGCUGGCAUGCUGCUAUAAGAGCUUACCUGAUCUUACCUCGUCGCCCCCGAACUUUUCUAGCCCACGACGAUACCU